AUGCUCUUCACCUCGUCCCUUCUCGCCCUGCUGGCCGUCCCGGUCUUUGGCGCCGCCGCCAAGGACCCCGAACCCGCCGCCGCCGAACCCCCUGCGGCGCUCAAGGCCACGGUCACGGCCACCUUCCCCGACGCCGAGGAGCUCCUCGGCCUGCGCCUCGUCAACGGCCGGCCGACGCGCGCCGUGCUCGAGGUGACCAACCGCGACGACGUCCCGAUCCAGGUCGCCUUCGUCUCCGGCGCGCUCUCCUCCGACAAGCUGGCGCUGGCCGACGGGCCAGCCUACCAGGCGAUCGUGCGCAACCUGACGGCGUCGCAGCUCGACCUGGCCGUCGCGGCGGGCCAGUCGGCGCAGGUGCCGUACGCGUUCGCGCUGGACAUGCAGCCGCAGGACGUGCGCGUCGUGCUGACCGCGCUGGUGACGGACGCGCGCGGCGGCAUCUUCCCCGUGACGGCGUACAACGGCACCGCGUCCAUCGUCGAGGCCCCGACCAGCUUCCUCGACCCUCAGAUCAUCUUCCUGUACCUUGUGCUCUCGGCCGCGUUCGCCGGCGUCCUCUACUUCGUCUACAAGACCUGGAUCGAGGCCCUGUUCCCCCCGGCGAAGAAGGCCCCGCGCACGCCCAAGAAGGUCAGCGGCAAGAGGGCGGACGCUGAUGCUGCCGCCGCUGCCCUUUCCGGCUCCGAGUCGGCAACUAGUGCUACGGCGACGGGCAGCAGCAAGGGGUACGACGAGAGCUGGAUCCCGGACCACCACAUUGCCCGCCCCGCCGGCAAGCGCUCCAAGUCUGGCACCCCCAAGGCCAAAUAA